CGGCCUUGAGCUCCUUCCCAGUCGACAGGGACUGAAACGAGACAGGCAAGAGCAGGCAAGUUAAUACCUAGCAACCUGGAAGGUUGUCUGUCGCAUUCAGUAUCACCUACCUACCUUACCUUGCCAUGAGGUACCCUGCGUCCUUCACCGUGUGCCAAUGGGAAGAAGCCUUCCCUACCUUAUUCGUCACCCAUCAUACAAUUUCUGAGCCAACGGCUACCAAUCACAUACCCUCGGCGUCACAGAGCCUCAAGUUCACAGAUCCGUGCCAUCGCAGAUUAGUUGAGCAUUCUCCGAAAUGGAAAUCAUCCAGUGCAAGUGCGCAAGCUGUCAAGCAAGAUUGGCAACUUUCUUCAAUCUGUGGACUCAGGUUGGGAAAUCUUAUUUCAGUCCGACGAUUGAGGCGCAAGGCAUUACUCAGAUGAUCGCCAAGGAACCCACGAGGAUUGGUGAAGCAGGUUACCUCGUUGCCGGGUGCGAGCUUCAAGAUGUCGCCUGCGCCACUUGUGGUAAUAUAAUCGGUCUCAAGUGUCUAAGCAGCCCAGUUAACCAUGUGCUUCACGACUCGCAAAUACUUCUCAGACAGGCCUCUAUUGUUUCUCUGAAGAAGAAUGGCACUCCGGUGGAGCUCUAUGUGCGCCGCAAAUUGAAGCUUCGGGAUGACUCUCGCCCCGGGUCAUAUUCGGCGAACAAUCAUUUGAAUUCUGAUUCUCGUCAAGGCUUCGGAAGCGGGCAUGGGUCGCCCAACUCCGAACACAUCGACUUCUCUCGUUUGCGAGUAGAUGUUGAUGCGCAGCGGGAGAGCAUUGAGAGAAUAGAUGCUGCCGGUUUCCAAGUGGUGUCCCAACUCAACAGCGCUGUUUCGCGCAUCGAAAAGGAGAUGGCAAAGCUCAACUCGACCAUGGACCAGCUUCAGAGUGACCUCGACCUCCACAAAGCUGACUUGAAGUCUGUCAAGACUGAAGUAUUUAGUAGAGAAUACUCGACACAAAACAGUCCCGAGCUGUCUCGAUUGGAGAGCCAGGUUCGGACCGCAAACACGGCCAUCUCUGAGAUAAAAAAGCUCUUCGAGGAAGUCAAAAGGGAGAAUUAUGAGCUCCGAAACGAUCUACAAACAUCGCGAAAAGAUCACAAAUGGCUCAAAAGCUUCACCCUAGGUCUACAAUCGCAUCCAGUCUACAAAUCGAAUUGAGCCAGCUGAGACAGAUCAUGGACCAGGGCCGCAAAAAGAAACUCGACCUGUCAAAGCAGCAGAUACCCUCGCGGGAACUGGAUAUUUUGGUCAGCAACAUCACCAAGAUUGGAGCUCGGGCAAAUCAAGUGGAACCAUUACAGAUGGAAUUUGAUCUCUUCAAAAGCAGGUUACAGCGCCUGGAGGCGAGUGCAGGGCGUCCUUCUCAACCUUGCGAGGAAUUGCAAAUCGCCCCAAGUCAGCAAUCCGAGAGCGCGGGCACAUCUGGCAUUUCGGACGACAUCGAUCCAGUG